CGCACAUUCACGAUCCCACGCGAAGCCCCGGUCCCCGCACCCCCAGCCUCUCCCCACCUCCACAACCAUCGAACCGAGCCGCAGCUCCAUACGCCGCGGAAAGCAGCCCGCCGUCGCCUAAACCCGAGCACGCGAGCCCUUCCGCGAUUCGACAACCAAAGUCUCUCACCACCGCCACCCCACGCGGUCGCUGACAUAUAAAUCACUCAUUCCCCGCAGCUCGACGCCUCUCUUCUUCAGCAUGUCACAAACAGGCAGCAUGGGAACACAAACCGCACAGCAAAAUCGCACCAAUGGUAGCGUGACUACUACACACCCGGUCCUCCGACUCCAGGCAGCCUCAGGUACCCUACGUUUGCGCGCAGAACCCGUUGAGCAAAGGCACAUACAAUGGGCAGAGGAUGUCGUGGACAACGAGGGCAUGGGAAAGAAGUCAUCAAAAGUAUGUUGCAUCUACCACAAGCCGCGCGAAGUAGGCGAGUCGUCGGAUGAGUCCUCCAGCGACUCAAGCAGCGAUUCGGACUCGGACAGCGAGCCCGACAACGGCGAGGCAAGGCCUGCUGGCGGGAGGAAGGGUGGGAACGGAAGAAGGGGACGCAAGUCGCACAAUCACGACCACGACCACGACCACGACCACGACCACGACCACGACGAGCCACAUGGAGGUCCGUCGGGGCAACCGCAGAAACGACCGCGACGACGGCCAAGCCCGAAUGCGUACGAGAAGAUGCCAAAGCAAAAGAAGUAGAUUGGAAGUCAAUGAUCGGGCUGGAUACGCCGCUUGACGCAGAAUUUGAAGAUGCAGGGAGGCGUGCGUAGGAAGCGCAUGCGCCAGGACACGACGAUGCUUUACGAACUUAGCGCGGAGUAUGGCGUUGUAACAAUUCACGACUGCACGAGUGGAAGAAAUUCCAUUGCAUGCUAAAAGCGAUAUUCCAUGUUGGACGACAUGUAGAGCAUGGACCGAGCAUUUUUAUUGGAUGGCUCUAUUCAUCUACGUGUUCAACAGGAAAUGAAUUCUUUCUCAAC